AUGAAAACUAUGCGCGUUUGUUACAAUCAAGCGAAGCGAAAUAGGAUUCAAAUUCUUCUUCUGAUGAUCUUCGUACUCGCUUUUACUGUUUGUAUAUAUCUGGGCAUACAAUCAAGAACAACUAUCGUCUACAUGGAAGAUAGAGAGUUCUUUACUAAAGGGUUUUCAAAUGAUGUAUUUCAGGAUGUUAAGGAAGUCAAGAGUUAUGAGGCAAGUUCGGACGGUAAGGUUCAAGCUUCAAAAUCAUCGAUUACUCGGCGGAUUUCGCCGAAUGAUCUUAGAGACAAAGUCACCUUACCUCACCGAAAAAAGCUUGAAAACGAAAUAAAAGAUGUUACUCGUUCGCUGCCCGGAUCUUUAAACCACCAUAUAUGGGAGCAUGUGUGUGGCUAUCGCGUUGAGAGUUUACGUGAGUUCAUAUUAUUUCCACUGGCUCCUUCAAAACGUAGGACUUUAUCAAUGUCAUUCGCUCAACGCAGUGAUGAACACAACAAUUUUGGUGAGCGAAUGUUUGGAUUUAUCUCACCUAACUUGACGGGCAAGUAUCAGUUUGCUAUUUCGUCGAGUGGAAAUUCCGAGCUAUGGCUGAGCUCCGACGAGGCAUCGGAGAAUCUUCGGAAAAUUGCUUUUGUCAGUUCGGGCAAUAAUCUGGGUAGAAGCCAACCGGGAAACUUUUCAAAUACUCCGUCUCAAAUUUCAAGUGCAUGUUUCUUAACGAAAAACAAUAGAUACUUUAUUAGCAUACUACAUAAACACAAUGCGGGUAGAGCUCAUUUGCGCGUUGCUUGGCGUUUAUUCGGCGGAAAAGUAAAAUUUAAUGUAAUAUCAAGCUUAUUUCUUUGGGCUGUAGUUAAUGACAGUCACGUGACUGAUAAUACUGUGCAGAUAAGCGAUUACCAAGAACAGUUGCAACGAUCACAUGACAUGCACCCACCGUUUGUUGAUUCUGAGGAGAUUAAGGACGUGUUGACCAGCUGCCAUUAUGAACCAAGUUAUUUAGUGAAACACAAGCUGAUUCGAUUUCAGGUUAGUGAUAUGACAGGCUCUGGAAGGGUCUGAUUACUGGGAUCCGGGGUUUGACCAAAAUUCAGUGCUUGAUUCGGGAAAGCCUUGGCGGGAUAAGGGAUUUGAUCACAACCCGGGAAGCGGGAUUUGCGAAAAUUCGGGCAUCGAUGUGUCUGGGGAAGAAAAUGAUUUUUGUGAAGGAAGACGUUCAGGAUGCGGGAUUCUCGUGAACCAUCUAUGAUGGUUAUAUCAACGACAGUAGGGAAUGUAAAGGUGAUAAUGAUAAUGAUAGUUAUUUAUAUAUGAUGAUGAGAGAUGACUAUGGUCGAUUAUAAUAGCGAUUUUGAUUUGAUUAAUGAUGGCGAUUGUGAGCCUUAUGAGAAACUGGUGCAAAAAAAAUUGUUUCUUGAGAGGACAAAUUUUCCGCUAAGCCUGAGUCACCGUGAUGGUUGAACAAAACAACAAUUUAGUCGAACUUAAUCAUAGACUCAAUUACACGUCUAAAACCUAAAAUUGUGCAUGAUAGUGGUAUGAUUCGCAGGAUGGCUGUUAAAUGCCUGACUGUAAUUUCACACAAAAAUGUUAUUUCACUUGCGAUCAAGGUAGAAUUUAUUCAGCUACAAAUUUGAUAGUCUUUGGUAUUAAUUUUGUCUGAACAACAUAUCAUUUACAACCACAGUUAUGAUUUAUUGAAUUUUGUGGCGAAAUCGAACAUGGGUAAAUAUAGUCAGACAUUAUUCGAUGACCAACUGUUAUUUACAGCUCUGUUAUAUUAGCUUCCCACGCGGACGUUCUUAGGGGUUCGUCACGCGUUCCUGCCCCAGCAGACGUUAAUGGGGCAGGAACGCGUGACGAACCCCUAAGAACGUCCGCGUGGGAGGCUAUGUUAUAUUGAUCAGUAGAGGCGAUGAAAAUUCCCUUUAAAAACAGUGACACUUACUUUGUGUUCGUUCUACCAAAGAUUGAUUUGUUAUUUUACGGUUGCAGGGUGCUCGAAAUAAAAGCAACACUCAUUUUGCUUCUGUGUAUCCCGCGGACAGCACCAACAACUCUCUGCCAUUACUUGAAAACGAGGACAUUUGGUGGUGGGAGAACGCCAUCGGCAAUGCCAGAACGGACCCAAAUUUAGCCAAGGAAGUCGUUCUUAUUUACAUGGGAGCUUUGGAAGAGAAAUUUCCUCGGUAUGAAAUGUAAUGUAAAUAUCCCUAGGGGGCUAACAUGGAAAAGGGAGAUGCUCUUCACAGUGCCGGUUCCCCGGGGGCCGGAUCCAGACCUUGAGAUAAGGGGUCCCGGGUCAUCCAGACCCUUAGAUAAGUGGCGGGGGGGUGUCCAAAAAAACUUUUUCCGCCCUUCGGGCCUCAGUUUAGUCUAAAAAUAGGGGGUCCCGGGCCCUCCGCCCCCCCCCCCGGAUCCGCCACUGCUUCAGUUAAUCACAAUUGAGACCCUAUCGAACGGAAACCAGCCCAGGCGUGUCUCGAGCUUUACUUAACCUCUGUGAGGGGGCUUGAACGGUUUAAGAUGGAAUCCAUCAGGAAAUUGAGUAAUUUUGAUUUUCAGUGGACAAAAAUCGUGUACCAGAAUAAUUUAAAGCAUAUUGCAUUGCUAAAGAUGGAAUAAAUCAUCUGUAGUAACACCAAAAAGAAUUUCUUAUGGAAGAAAAUGAAGGUCAAAUUUCACAAAAUUACAUCUUACACGUGAAAUUUUUAGAAUUUUACCUGUAUAAUCACAAUUCUUGUGAAAUUUUCUCGGAAUUCCAUGAGAAAUUUUCUUUGGUGUUACUACAGAUGAUUUAAUACAUCUUUAGCCCUUGAAAAAUCUGAAAAAGAAUGCAAUAUUCUUUAAAUUAUUCUGGUACAAGAUUUUUGUCCACUGGAAAUUAAGAUUAGUCAGGUUCCUGAUGGAUUCUGUCUUAACUUCUAUUCUAACCCUCCUUCAUACAGAGGUUCACAAAUAAACCAGCGCAAAUUAGUUUCUCUUAAAUCUGAUUUAGCUUGUGUCUUGACCUGUUUUUGUCGUGUAUCUUUUUCUAUAGACGGUUUCAACUCCAGGAAAUCGUUUCCGUGGAGCAUGUUCCCGACCCUCGGAAAGGGGAUAGGUUCCUGCUGGAGCUACUGCUUACUGAUAGCCGAACCGCGGGGCAGAACAUGUUGUUGUCAGAGCACGUGUUUAGAUCAUCAAUGGAUAAAAAGUUGUACUACCCAGAAGGAUUCUAUUGGAAAAAACAAGUCACUGUCAAUAUCCUUGUACCUGUAAAGAACGGAGGUCGCUGGGCGCUGUACUUUAUCAAGAAUAUUGCAGGUACUCAUCAACCAGCUAUUCUAGGCUGUGCAGGAAGUCUUGCUUUAUUUUUUCUUUGUUUAAUUUUAUUUGCUUAGUAGACCCCCAAGGUUGUUCACCUUAGCCCCGCCUUGGCCAUUGACAACCUCGUCCCCAGGACCUCUUCGUUAAAAAUGGGGCGGGGUGGGCAAAAUGCCCUAGGGACGAGGUUGGGCCAUUGCUGCAAACUUAGCACAUGUAGGCCAUCAUGUGCGCUGGGUUACUAAGAAACAUAUUUAGCGAUGCAAAAUGCAUUUAGGAUUUUGCAUUUAUUGUCAUCCCGAGAUAUGAACUGUGACUGGUACACCAUUCACAGAAUCACAGCCAUAAAGCUGCUGAUUACUUUCGUCUUUAUCACAUUUCCUAAAGAAAAAGAAAACUUUGAAGCUUCAUUCACCGAGAAUCAUAUGUUACAAUUGUGCCUACUUGAAAUUGUUUCUUUUUUUUUCACAGAAGUAACUCGUCAAACCAAGGACUUGGACGUUCGAGUGAUCAUGAUUGACUACGAAAGCACUGACAUUAACAUAGAAGCAGUGCUAAACAAAAGCUCCCUUCGGCAGUUUACUGUGGUGCGCAUCCCCAGAGAAAAGGACUUUAAGAGAGCAGUGGCCCUUCAACUAGGGGCUGAAGCAGUGAAGGACCCACAUAGCGUACUCUUUCUGUGUGACCUUCAUCUGAAGAUCCCAUCUAAUUUGAUUUCUACCAUUCGCAAGGUAAGAGGGAUUUAAUUGGAAACGAUAUGUAAAAAGUUUACCUAUUUUAAGGAUAUUCUCUCUUAAAGCCACUGCACGCCUCUCCUAAUUGAGACGGUGAUGGUGAUCGGUAAAAGUCGGGAGUUUCCUGUCUACUCCACAGGCUUCCCAAGACUCAGUGGGGUGCACGCGGAAAGCGCUAGAGGGACAUGAUGAGAACGAGCGUAGAGCUCGAGCGUGGAGUUAUGGGAAGGAAAAGAAGGGAAAAGAGACUCACUUCCUUCGUCCCCGCUUUCCUUACAGUAAUUUACUCAAAUAUUCCACAAAAAGUGAUCGCCGGCGACAGGGGACGAGGUAGGGGAGUUUCGACAAAACGAUUGACUUAUCGUUAGUCGGGGAUCUGCGAGCUUGACAGAUAUGAACCUAUUUCUUGUUUGCAUCUAACGUCACGGUUGCCAUGCAUAUUGGUUGACAAAAACAAGUGAAACUUUUCUCCACUGGGAAUUAACCUAAGGGCCUGUUUAGGGUGGGGGACCCUAGAUAGGUGAGGGAACAUUUGGCGGGUCAACCCACUUAUCAUGUCAAUAAAGACGAACACUGCUUUUUGUAUCCGUGUUGUCUAAAUUAUUAAGGUUAGAUUAGUUGUCAUGUCCACAAAUUUGGAAUAUAGAGAAAGAGAAAGACAGAAGGGGCAAAGUAGGCGACAGGCCAGUAAAGCUCAACGAGAAAAAGAGCGAGAGCUAGAGCUAGAGCUAGAGAGCAGAGCUAGAGUGCAUAGCGGCGGUGAGAAAAAGAGAAAUGCUAGCGGCCACCAAGGUGCACGAAAAUAAGCGGCAGUGAAAAAAAAGUGAACAAGAACACGUACAACAUUUCCUCCAUGUGUAACUAGGAAGUUUCUGGAAGUUUCACGUUGUAGUCGUGCAAAACAACGGCAAAGAAAUGUACAAAAACUUAUGUGCUGCACGUGCAAAAUUGCUUUUCUGUUAACCGUUCUCGUUGCCUUCGGAGCUUAGCAUUACACGAUUUUAUAUUUUGUUUGAACAAACUAUAAAUAUUGUCGAGAGCUUCGCUUUAUAAUUACGCCCUGGCUAAAUCUACAUAUUAGAAUUAGACAUUUCUAACGUAUUUAACUACGGACUAAACUUCAGAAGGGGGAAGGGGGGUAUCUUCAUGAUCAGCGAUGUCCCUACCAUGCAGUGUAGUUUGAAUUAAUGGCAGAUUGUUUAUAAGAUUUGUGAAUAGAUGAGAAAAAUGCAAUACUCCGAAUCCUUUACCCCCUUACAGUUAAAAGCCCUCAUAUUCACAGACACAUUCUCCAUUCUAACCUCCUUCCAUCUCCUUAGAGAAUAGUUGAGAGAAUUUCAAUUGAUAAAAGAUCAAAGCCUUUUUCCUUAAAGAUCAAUUUUUUUAAUUUUCAUGAUCUUUCCUCUUGAUAAUUAAUUGGAAUUGUCAGGGGAAUAUUGUUGUCGGUCACACUUUAAAGGUAUAAAUUGUAUGUGGCUUUAAUUACUGGUCCUAAUAAAAUAGGAAUAAACUAUUAUACUCCAUGGCCAGUUCUAUAGUUUUGUUCAGUGCUGGGGAAAGGGGGAGGGAGAAAAGAUUAUUUUAAGCUGAAGAGAAGAGAGGAUAAACUAAAACUGCAAAUAAUAAAACGUAAAUUAAUGUUUAUUAUUACAACAAAAUUUAUAAAAAUAUAAUACAUGUCUCAUCUCGUUGGGCUCUCCAAACGAUCCUUAAUUGAUAUAUCAGCAAAGGAUCAUCUCCAGAGAUCCCGAUGCUCAAUGAAAGACUUCUGAGUCUCUUUGUCGUUAAGCUAGGCUAAAUUAAUUGACACUUCCAUGUCUUUUUUGCUUAACAACAAAUUAAAAAAACUCUAAUAUAUUGGUUAUAUAAAAUAGAAAGGAAUAACACUCGUACGUAAAACAACUUCACUUGUGCGACUGAUUGAAAUUACCGAAAAUUACAUAAUUAUGAUCUCUAUCAGUCACAUGUGGCAAAGCUUAGAUAAAGAUUCCUUUUCUGCCAGUAGUUUCGCUAAAUGAUCAGCAUAUUCUGGGGAACGUUCGAUUUCAUCUUCUAAUUCCGAGUACCGCUCGAUGACGUUUAAAUCCAGUGUCUCACUCAGCCCAUGUUUAUCCGCAAGAUUGUUACCAUUCGAAUGUAAAUCUGAAACACUGUGCCACUGUGUAGACUCCUUUUCAUUCAUUAUUUUAGUAAUAAGCCGAGCGUGAUCUGGUGAACUUUCCAAGUAUGAAAACUUUUCAAUCGUCUCCAAAUCCAGCUCAAAUUCAUCAUCAGAAUCAAAUUCUGAUUCUGAAUCAGAAACGGUGUCUAAGUAAGCAGCAUCAAUUGACGGUACAAGUUGAAGUUGUUCAUCCAUAGACAGUUGGUCUCUUCUUGAUCUUGAAUUGGUCUCUGAUUCGUUUAUCUCCAACAAGUCUUCUAGCAGUUCCUCUGGUGUCGACGUAAGUUCUCUGUCAGCAAGUGGUUGUUCUGAGGUAUCUUUAUCAAGCUGUGUUUCCUCUGAAGAAUAUAUUAGGGAUUGCUGGCUUUUACGUAACGUCUCAGUUUCGUUGAUGGGCCUUAACAAUCUGUGCGUAUUUGGCUGUGGAGACAAUUGCUUUAACAACUGUGCCACUUGCUGCGGUUUGGGUUGCGCUUCUGUUUGACUCACUGUCUGCACGACUGGAAACAUAUAGGAUUGUAUUACUGGUUGACUCAUUUGUUGCGUUAAUGACUGUGUCGUUGACAUCACAACUGGCUGUGUCACUGCUUGUACUUUUGACUGCAUCGCUGCAGGAUCAGCUGGUUGCAUAGCAGUUUGUGCAUUUAGUCGUUGCAUCACUGAAGGUUGCAUUACUGAAGGCGUAGAUGCGUAUGGCACUUGUUGUAGAGUACCUGGUUGCAUUAUCCGUUGUUCAGCAGACGCGAUCUUCAGCGAAAAAGCACUUUCCCCAAAAACUCCCAUUCUAGAAGCCAGUGGUCUCUUAGUAUCCGCUAUUUCACCAUAGGGACUUACGAAUGGCCUGAAUCCUAACUUCACUUGCUGUGGUAAAGGACAGGUUACAGAUCUUUCCAUUCCAGUCGCUAGUGCUGACCAUUUAGCCUUUUCAUUCUGACCAAACGGUGUUGUCAUUGGAAAGACCUCUUCGCUUACUUCCAUUUUCUCUAGCUCUGUGACAUGUACUGACUGUUCAUCUAGUUCCAUUUCUUCUACGGCUGAUGGGAUUGUGAAUGGUGAUGCAGGAAAUGACGGCAGGGAAAAAGGAAAAAAGCUCCAAACUGAGGAAUGUUCCUGUUCUGUUUCCAUUUCUUCUAUUUCUUGCUUUUCAGCCGAAUUUGUGAUUGGGACUUGUACAAAACUGGAAUGCCCUAUCAUUGGACAUGGUCCAUAGCUAACUUCCAUUGCCUCUGGCUUUGGAAUUCUAAAUGGUUUCUCAACAAUUUCGCCAACCUCCAUCGGCUCUGGCUGCGUUACAGUACCUCCCUGGACUAAAUGAGAUGUACUCAAGAUGGGCUGUAGUCUUGUCUGGACAUUCUUAAAACUGCUACCUGUAUCACUUCCAAAAAUAUUCUCCCCUGCCCUUGACAGAGCAGUAAACUUAGUGUUUCUCAACUCCAAAGGAUGCGGCUCCUUGAUUCCCGUAGUCGUGUUUGGGACGGCAGUGUUGAACUUGAAUUGAGAGAUGAAUGAAGCAGGCGUUUGGCCGUCAACUGAAGUUCUUUCCUUCUCGAAGUGUGGCCGCUUUCCUCGAGCAAAUGGAAGAUCCUCCGCGUUCUGUAUUUCAACCGAGUGCCUGUUGACGCUGUUGGAGGGCCUGAUAACCUCGGAUUCUGCAUUAGCAUUCACUGAAGAAAGUGUAGUCCUAAUGUCUUUACUAUUAGCGACUGUGUUCACUUGAGAAGGUGGUAUAAUCCGUGGAAUAGGUUUCUCUUUUGGCUCGCAGGUAACUGUUGGAGUUAAGGCUGGUGUGUCCGCGCAGGCGGAUGAUAUAACGCCGGAGGUUGGUGUAUCUGUGCAGGUGGCUGAUAUAACUGGGACUGGUUUAUCUGUGCAAGUAGCUGAUAAUGUUGAGCUUGGUGUAUCUGUGCAGGUGGCUGAUAUAACUCGGAUUGGUGUGUCUUCGCAUUUGGCUGAUAUAACUUCCUUCUGUUUCUUCGUUCUGUUCACAGCAACUUUAGAAGAUUCAUCACCACUGGAGGGUAGCAUUGAUAGUAAUGGUUCACAGUCCUUUAACUUGCCUUUCGAUGAUUUUUUCGAAUGCUUCUUUUUAAGUUCUGGCAGAUAGAGCCGCUGACCAGUACUUGAAGAAGUGCUCAUCUGGACCUUCUUUCCUGCGGACCUCGAGUUUUGCUUAUUGUUGUUGCGUUGCAAGGACUCGUUGGUGUGUGAAUAAAGGUCUUUACUGUUGCGUUGUGAUCCGGGUUUGAUUAUUGGAUUCUUUUUCUUGUUCGAGUAUUCGGAAUAACGAACAUGUUCUGAUGUGCUUGAUAUACCACCUGCUCUGACGGUUGAAAGAUUCCCAAUAUACUUCUGGUCAUCUUUCGGGGCAGUUGAUGAUUGUAGUUGAUGCGCAACAUUAUCAUCAGUAGACUUGUUGUCUUGCUGGACUUUCGUGAUAAUCGAAAAUGCGCUUGUCAUUUGGGGGGAAGUAUUUCCUUCCUUCGCAGAUUUGUUUGUGAUAAGCUGAGAGACUACUUCAUGUAUGUGUGAGGUAGAUGUUGCGACUGCAGAUCUCAAUACUCUAACUCCACUUGUGAAAGGACUACAUAUUACACGGCCUGUCUUGCACAGCACUCUAGUCAUAACUUCCGUGAUAACUUUUCCGUGACUUUGUAUGCUGUGUGUUAAAGUUGCCUGACCUCGGAUAGUGUCUAAGAUCGCGCUUCUUGUUGCGCUUAUCACCAUCAUUGAGUUACGAGCUAACAUUUUACGACUGUUCUUUAUGUUUCUCAGCUGAGCAUUAACGAACCUGAAACAUCCAUUCCGCACGAUAUUAACCACUGCAUUGGCCAUAUCCAUCAAAAUAAGAGAAACUUUUCUAAUUUUCUGAUUCCUCUCUACUUGCCAUGAAGAGUAAAUACAAAUUGACUUCGUCGCGUCGUGGACAAAAUUCGUCAUUGUUUUAGACGCAGCCAUCAAGGUGCUGUUAAAAAGUACUUUGUUUUUUCCCGUGCUAUUCUCGCAGUUUUCUUGGUGCACCGUGUUAUUGUUCAAUAUCUUUGUACCUGUCUCAGGUAGAGACUCUUCAGUCUCGUUACUAUUGCAACAGUCUUGCCGUUGGUGAAUAGCAGGGUUUUUCGUUUCCGCAUUUACAUCGACAGACCACAGCCUCACAGGACGUGUUUUCAAGAUCGAAGUUGGGGAUUGGUUAGCCUGUGGCUUUGUCAUCUGAAUUUGAUUAAGCUGUUUAUAAUGAUCAGUCAGGUCGCAACUGGUAUUCUUGUUCUGAUCAUAAUAGUCCAGUCCCCGAUAACUGCCGAUCGAAUUCAAAACAGUUUUAGGAACAACGAUUUUCCUCUCAAUAUGCCCUCCAUAUUGACUGGGCCUUAACUUUACACCAUCCUUGAUUCUCUCAUUUCUUUUUUCCAGUUUGUAGUUAUUUUCAUCCUUGUUCUGAAAAUCAAAAUACAGUGUCCGUAAAGAGUUGGUGAUACCUGUGGCCACUUGGCCUGUCCUUCGUGAAGCAUGAUUCCUUGUAACACGUUCUUCAUCACUUCUCGUCUGAUUAUUGCUGAUAAAACGAUCUGGAAAUCUCACGCUGUUUGUCACCGCUUUCGUUGAAAUCUCCUUUUCUUUGAAAGGUUUUUUGUUCUUCAACAGGCUUGUUGUCUUGACUCGGCAACUUUCACGGCUUUUAGACGUAACGGUCUCGGUGUCAUUACCUUGGAUGGUAACGUUAAUUGUCUGCUUUGUCCGCUGCUUGGUCGCAGUGUUAGUUUUCAAAAACACAAAUACCCAACGACCGCAAGCACAGAUCCUGUUUGCCGUCCAUUCCAAUACUUUCAUUACCACCACAAAAAUGCGGGGAAAAAACAGAGCGACUAUUAAAAGCACAUUGUAAAAGAAACACUUAACACUAUUCAUCUUUGAAUUUCUCUGUUUGCAAAUCUCUGAAAAAAUUUCUUCAAUUAUUCGCUUGUGACGCUAUUCUAUGUCGAUUGUUUCGUCAUUUAGAGUUCGAACGUGCGUCGUUUUACGCGCGCGCUCUACGUAACUAAUCGCGAGAUACGAGGAGCCGAAGCGAAAGUUUAUUGAGACAUGAUCAUCGCUUAUUGGCGGCUAUGAAAUUUAGUGCUUCCUUUUUAAACCCUUCUUACUUUGUAUUAUUGUUACACUUAUUAUUAUUGUUUGCAUACAAGGGAAUAAUUUAAUUACAACGAUUCUCUUAUAUCUGUUCCCCAGGUAGGUACUUGUUAUAUGACUAUUACUUAUUAGUAAAAUCCAACUAGUGGUCUAUUAUCAAUGCUGCGUUCUAAUUGGUUGAGCUACUACUAGACUAUAUGUUAUAGCCCACUAGUAGCGAAAAGCGCCGGCUUUUUGGCGACAAAAAAGGAUUAAAGUCUAGCUUUAACUAGCUAAAUUUUUUUAUUCUUGAUAUUUUUGUCCAACUAGUUGGAUUUUGCUAAAACAAUUAUUCCUCUCGCCCUCGUGGCCUCUGAGUCAAUAGCCCAUUCGGCCGGCUAUUGACUCAGAGCCAACUUGGGCUCGAGGAAUAAUUGUUAAAUAUUUAGCCAUAAUUUGAAGUGUUUCAAUGUUUACUGUUUCCGGAGAAAGUACUUUCAAAUGUUUAGAGGGUUUUUUUUGGUGAAAGAAUAGUAUCUAGACACUAUAAAAACAUAACUUUGCACAUGUGAAAUUAACGACGAAAACAAAGUCGAAAAUUUUCGGUAGUCUUCGGACAUCUACGGAAAUCUUCGACCGUUUUUGGGGAUCAGUUCGGUAGUCUUCGGGAAUCUUCUGAAAUAAUCCAGAAUCGUCGGAGAAUGGCCAAAAACUCUUUAAUAUACUGAACAAAAUAAUUCUGGUCUUCUUUGAGCCGUUUUACUGUUACCGUCAGUUUUUUUACUGCUAUUAUUAAAAUGCCUAAACUUUACCUGUUUCAUGUUACAAAACCAAAAAAGUGUUUAGUGUUAUCGAACUAAACUCAUUCAGACCUUUUUGGAGUAAGGAACGCUCAUUAGCAGAGCCCAGAUCACCAAUUACGGGUUAUAUAACGUUAUAAAUUAAAACCUAAGCGGGCUACCUCACCAACCUGGGGUCCCCCGCCUCCAUGUAAACAGGUCCUUAAUCUAAUUGACCACUACAGAAAAUGCCAUAAGAUACCAUAUUACCUUUUGUUGAUCACUCCAAAAUUUUCAUUAAGCAUUGUUUCCAGUUUCUCUUGGGAGUUAAAGUGGCCCCAAGAGAAACUGAAAACAAUACUUAUGCAAAAUUUUGGGGUGAUCAGCAAGUACGCAAAUUAAUAGCCCAUUUUACAGUUACAGUUGGAAAUGAGGCUGGAGUUGACCUUGUUUUGAUACAACCCUGCUUGCUUUAUUAUGUAAAUCAUGUUUUUGUUAUUCUAAAUAGUAUUUUUUAAGCAAAAUUUACAUUAGAAAAGGAAGGAGGUCUGUAUCAAAACAAGGUCACCCUCAGCCUCACGUCCACUCAAAGGCUAGGACACCAAGCCCACAACUGUAAAAUGGCCUAUUGGAACAAAAGAAAGUUUUUGCGUGAGAAAAAAGUUCAGCUCCCACAGGACAGGUUUGGAACACUAACUGCCUGUGAACUAUGUGCCACUAAUCGUUAAAUCAUGUUUUGUACACUCAUCAGCACUGUAUCGAGGGAAAGAUGGCGUUUGCUCCAGUAGUAAAAAGGCUCAAGUGUGGAUAUUACCCAGACCUACCAUUUGGUUACUGGGAAACCCUCGGGUUUGGCUUAUUAGCCAUGUACAAGUCUGACUUCGACCGCGUGGGAGGAAUGAACGUUCGAGAAUUUACAAAAUGGGGAGGGGAAGACUGGGAACUACUGGACCGGAUUCUGAUGUCUGGAUUGGAGGUUGAAAGACUCAAGAUCCCGGAUUUUUAUCACUUUUUUCAUCCGUCGUUUGGAGGGAGUAAUCAAAGAGUUGGGGCUUGA